AUGACCUCACCAGCAGCCCUGAUCCCGCCAAAAGGCGUCUGGGUCCCCUCCCCAACCUUCUUCACCCCCGCCUCCGCCUCCAGCGACAGCGACUCCCUCCAACCAGCCGUCGACGUCUCCGCCCAAAUCCAACACAGCAUCUUCCUCGCCCAGUCCGGAAUCACAGGCAUCGUACUAGGCGGAUCAACAGGCGAAGCCGUCCACCUCUCACGCGCGGAACGCUCUACCCUGAUCUCCUCAGUCCGCAAAGGGCUUGACGAAGCCGGCUUCCCCGGGUAUCCCCUCAUGGCCGGGGUUCUCACCAACGGGCUGGAGGAGACGCUCGAAUGGCUCAACGACUACGCCCAAGCCGGCGCGCAGUGGGGGCUGGUCCUCACGCCCGGGUACUUUGGUGGUGCGGUUACGCAGGAGGGGAUUGUGGACUGGUACAGGGUAGUGGCGGAUAAGAGUCCGAUUCCGGUGUUGGUGUAUAACUACCCGGGCGUGACGAACGGGGUGCAUGUCCUGCCGGAGACGUAUCGGGAGUUGGCGAGGCAUGGGAAGAUUGUUGGGUGUAAGAUGAGUCAUGGGAACGUAUCCCAUCACGUGCAGGUGUCUCUCGACCCUGCGAUCAACCACGACGAGUUCAGGGUGUUCAGCGGGUUUGGCGCACAGCUCGGCCCGAUCGUGCAAUUCGGCGCUGCGGGCGUCAUCGACGGCAUGGCGGCCUUUUUCCCAAAGACGGUGGUCAGGUUGAUGAAGCUGGUUGAGCAGCAUCUCGCGGGGGAUGCAACGCCCGAGACGAGAGCCGAGAUUCACCGCCUGCAGUACGUCGUCAGCUUGGGCGAGGAGUUUGUCAUGCGAUAUGGCAUUGUUGGGAUCAAGGAAGCGACGUGUCGCGUGGUGAAUUUUGGAAAGCUCGGCGUUGGCCGCCAGCCGAUUGGAUUGAGUAUGCCGGAGGGCACUUGGAGGAAGGCGCAGAGCCAGUUUCUCGCGGAUAUAGCUAAGACGGAGGCCAGUCUGUAG